CCGGUGCUCCCAGUUGGGAAUCACUGGGCCAAGAAGGGUACCAGAUCCUGGGAAAACCUUGGGAAAGGGACUCAGGUUGGGAAUUCCAGCUUCCCAAUCCUUGUUUCCCAUCUAUUUGUUGGUGUCCCAGUCCGGGUCCCCCCAAUCUUCACCCCCAUCCCCAGAGCUCAACUCCCAGUGCUCCCAGUUGGGAAUGACUGGGCCGAGAAGGUACCAGAUCCUGGGAAAACCUUGGGAAAGGGACUCAGGUUGGGAAUUCCAGCUUCCCAAUCCUUGUUUCGCAUCUAUCUGUUUGUGUCCCAGUCCCUGAGCUCAACUCCCAGUGCUCCCAGUUGGGAAUGACUGGGCCAAGAAGGGUACCAGAUCCUGGGAAAACCUUGGGAAAGGGACUCACUCGGGUUGGGAAUUCCAGCUUCCCAAUCCUUGUUUCCCAUCUAUUUGUUGGUGUCCCAUCCCCAGAGCUCAACUCCCAGUGCUCCCAGUUGGGAAUGACUGGGCCAAGAAGGGUACCAGAUCCUGGGAAAACCUUGGGAAAGGGACUCAGGUCGGGAAUUCCGGGUUCCCCCCCCCCAGUCUUCAUCCCCAUCCCCAGAGCUCAGCUCCCAGUGCUCCCAGUUGGGAAUGACUGGGCCAAGAAGGGUACCAGAUCCUGGGAAAACCUUGGGAAAGGGACUCACUCGGGUUGGGAAUUCCAGCUUCCCAAUCCUUGUUUCGCAUCCAUCUGUUUGUGUCCCAGUCCCUGGAAAACACCGGUCGGGAAUUCCGGGUUCCCAAUCUUCACCCCCAUCCCCAGAGCUCAACUCCCUGUGCUCCCAGUUGGGAAUCACUGGGCCAAGAAGGGUACCAGAUCCUGGGAAAACCUUGGGAAAGGGAUUCAGGUUGGGAAUUCCAACUUCCCAAUCCUUGUUUCGCAUCUAUUUGUUGGUGUCCCAUUCCCUGAGCUCAACUCCCAGUGCUCCCAGUUGGGAAUCGCUGGGCCAAGAAGGCUACCAGAUCCUGGGAAAACCUUGGGAAAGGGACUCAGGUCGGGAAUUCCGGGUUCCCCCCCAUCCCCAGAGCUCAACUCCCAGUGCUCCCAGUUGGGAAUCACUGGGCCAAGAAGGGUACCAGAUCCUGGGAAAACCUUGGGAAAGGGACUCAGGUCGGGAAUUCCGGGUUCCCCCCCGCCCAAUCUUCACCCCCAUCCCCAGAGCUCAACUCCCAGUGCUCCCAGUUGGGAAUCACUGGGCCAAGAAGGGUACCAGAUCCUGGGAAAAUUUUGGGAAAGGGACUCAGGUUGGGAAUUCCGGGUUCCCCCAAUCUUCAUCCCCAUCCCCAUCCCCAGAGCUCAACUCCCAGUGCUCCCAGUUGGGAAUGACUGGGCCAAGAAGGUACCAGAUCCUGGGAAAACCUUGGGAAAGGGACUCAGGUUGGGAAUUUCAGCUUCCCAAUCCUUGUUUCCCAUCUAUUUGUUGGUGUCCCAGUCCCUGAGCUCAACUCCCAGUGCUCCCAGUUGGGAAUCACUGGGCCAAGAAGGCUACCAGAUCCUGGGAAAACCUUGGGAAAGGGACUCAGGUUGGGAAUUCCGGGUUCCCCCCCAUCCCCAGAGCUCAACUCCCAGUGCUCCCAGUUGGGAAUGACUGGGCCGAGAAGGGUACCAGAUCCUGGGAAAACCUUGGGAAAGGGACUCAGGUCGGGAAUUCCGGGUUCCCCCCCGCCCAAUCUUCACCCCCAUCCCCAUCGCUCACCUCCCGGUGCUCCCAGUUGGGAAU